CCCGCGGGAAAGAAGGACAAGUGCUGGAAGAAAUCGGGGGCUGAGAAGAGGGAGUCGAAAGAGCAUCGCAGAAGCGGUGUCGGCCUCUCCGCGAAAAUGGUGCACAGGCGCAUGUGUAAAUCCUGGUCGAAAGUUACAGUCCCUUCGAGUGAGCGGGACAUUUCAACGCUGAAAGAACGUACCGAGUCGCCCCCCUCGACCCCUGUUGGGGGAAAGCGCAGAAGAGGCGCCGAAAAUCGUCCGCCGAGGGCCCCAGAAAAAAAAUCGUCGGAUGAUAGAAGCGCGACUACUCACCGGAGUUCAAGGAAGAGAAUAUCCUACAAAGACGAGAGACCAGUGGAGACAAUCGAUCUUAGAGGGUCUGACGAUAGGCACAGCACACCCCAAGCGGAAGAAGAGGAGGAACACGACCGUUCCACGCCAGAGAAGUCAGACGGUGCGGAGGAUGAGGAGGGGGGAAACGAGGGAGACGACAGCGGUCCUUCCCGCGGGCAGUCGCAAGACACCGACGAGGACGACAACAGCGACGGCAAAUCGGCCAGCCAGAGUACUGGCGAAGAUCGGAGCGCCGCUUCGGAAGGAGAUGAUUCGCCAUCUCCUUCGAGGACGCUGCGCAGCGAAGGAGAACGGCAGGCACGCAAUGGCAGCGAUACCGAGGAGCCUGUCGGUGACAGACAAAUCGUGCAGCACGUGAGCGCCACUGGAAAAGUGGGACUAUCUGACGCUGUGAGGUUUCAGCGGAUUCUGAAGUAUGUGCUCCAUGGCCAUCACCAAGAGGUGGAGAAGGUUGUAAACGCAGCUAAUGGCAGUUGGGCAAGAUUCAAAGACGGGAUGCAAAGGAAGUCCAGGCUGGGUGAUGACCUGUUAACCACUGCGGACCUGGAAGCGAUGAACAGGGAUGACUUCACCAAAGUAGGAGCCUUCGUACAAGAGUUUAAGAAGAAGGCGAGAAAGGUCCCUGGGAUCUAUGAGGAAGCGCAAUGUGCUAUUUUCCUGAGAUUACUCACUGCCUCGGAAGUGGCGGAGAUGAUAAGCCAUGGAGGAGGAAGUGCGAAGCUCACCUGGGCCACUAUUGACAAAGGAGUAGAGGAAGGAAGUCUGGACCAGGCAAAGGCGAAAGAGGAAAGAACGGGAUGCGACAGCUUCAGGGACCCUGGGAGUGAAGAGGAUUGGCGACCUGGAGUAGUUACCGUAGGAUCAAGCCCGCGGUCUGGAAUGAUGGUCAGACCCCCUACGGCGCAAGGAAGAAUGACGCAGGUGGCUCGCACUAGGGGACAGACCAAGGCCAGUGCAAGUCAGGAGCCUCCGCAAAAAGAGCCAGAGCCAGAAAAAAGAAAGGAGGCCAUAGAGGUGGAGGAUGCCGAGGAAGAAGACAAGCAGGACGAAAGGUUGCGCCAAGAAGAGGACCAGAGGGCGGAGCAAAGGGCUAAGAAGAGAGAAGCCCGGGAGGAAGCCGAGCCGAUUCUGCGCAAUGUGGCACCGAAGAAGAAGAAGUAUGUGGUUCGACUGGAGGAGGGGUUCGACGUGGAAAGGGUGAUUGAUAGGUUGUUGGAAGACCAUAACGACCUUAUGACCCUGAAAGAGAUUUUGUCAUCGGCCCCUAAGCUUCGUGAUGGAUUGAAGGGAAGGUUGUCGCAGCGCGUGGUGCCAAGUGUACAUCUGAGCUCCAAGUGCGCAGCAAUGGUGGACACGGGAGCAGAGAUGAACAUCAUCCGGGAAGCUGAUGCGCUUAGGUUUGGAUUAGAGAUAAGCUUGUUGAAUCCAGCUGAGAAUGAAGAUGUGGUGCCAGAAAGCCAGGAUGACGAGUUUGAAGAAGGGAAGAUCAAAAAGGCAUUCCGAGCAGAGGAGUAUGAUGGAAUCUACCUGGAGUUGGGGCUUCUCCUAUUAUGUGAAAUGCGGGAUAGAGAUGCAAGUGAAAGGGCUCAAAAGAUUAGGGAUCUCUAUUUGGAGCUAGGACCAUCACCUGUGGGGCCAGAUGGCAGGCCAAUCCGCUUGGAGAUCGGGAAUGUGGAGGACUUAAUCCCCGCCUUCGAACAGUUCAUGCAUGAUCAACGCAUUUUGAGGGAUGAGUGGGCGAGGACGUUGCCAUUAUGGACCAGGAAGGCGGAGAGGCCAUUGGCCAGGCAGAUCAGGGAUAUGGCCCGGGACUGGGAAAGUUGCAGGGCACAUUUGAGACAAGCCUUUCGACGACCGGAGCCACCUCAGCCUAAGGUUGAGAGAUGGCAGAGGAGUAAGAGGCAGAGGGACCCGGAGCCUAGAGAAGCCAUGUUAUCGCAAGGAGGACGGAAGGCGCCCGCUAGGCGAGAGGAGGAGUCAGUACCUUUGGAGGAGGAGCGAGGGGCAUAUCCCGAAUGUGGGAUAGACCCGGUGGUCUUCCAGCGCUUUACUGGAGUGGAGUUGAGCAGGUCUCCCCAACACGCGAGAGAGGAGGUGGCGCCAUCUAGAGGAUCAUUGCAGGAAUUGGAGGCGCACCUGGAUAUUUCACAGUGGAGAGAGUCGCCGACUAGCGAAGGGUGUGGUGAGCCGGCAGAGGAGGUGCAACAAGAGGAGGCCCAUGAACCUGAGCGGGAGACAAGGCAGAGUGCUGAGAAACAGCGUGCUAUGGAGGAGGUGAUAGAGGUUGAGGAGGACACUCCACCUAAGGCGCAUGCUGCAGAAUUGGGGCCAGAGAUCGUACGGGAGAUCGCCCGCGAGGAGGAGGAGCCUCGGCAGGAGGAGAUUUCGUCCCCGCCGCCUGAGGAGGAGGACACUCCACCUAAGGCGCAUGCUGCAGAAUUGGGGCCAGAGAUCGUACGGGAGAUCGCCCGCGAGGAGGAGGAGCCUCGGCAGGAGGAGAUUUCGUCCCCGCCGCCUGAGGUGAUCUUUUCGCAAGGGGCGAGGAUGGAGAUGGAGCGAGAAAGGACCGACUGGAGGAGAGAGGUCAUCUCCACGAUUGAUAGGUAUCUGGCUGCGCAUGAGCAAGAGCACCCUGGCAUCGAGGAGCCCGUGCCAAUGGAGCCACCACGAGAGCCGCACCAGCCAGAGAGAGAGGCGGGGGCCGAGAUUUCGGGGAGAGCAGACCAUCGCACGAGAGGGACAGUACCGGCAGGGGAGACAUACGAAGGGAAAUGGGCCAGAGUUGGGAAGCGCGUGGAGGAAAUUUGGCGGGAAAGGUAGAGGUUAGAGGCGGCAGGAACACUCCCAGAUCGGCCACCAGGCACACCACCUAAACCAUGUGGAGUCAAGGAGAUGUG